AUGGAUUUGAUUGAACUUGAAGAUUCAUGCAAUCAAACUUUAUUUGAUUAUUAUGAAAUAUAUUUUCAAGAAUAUAAACAAAUAAUAGAACAUCAUUUUAAAAAAUACAAGGAAGAGUUUAUUGAUUAUUUUCAACAAAAUGCUCAAAAUUUAGUUAUUGGAAUAAUAAUAUACAUAGUUUUUAGUUUUUGUUUUUACUGCUUUAUAAUACGUACGAAAUUAGUUCGCAAUUUAGGUAUUAUAUCCGAUUGUAAAAAUGUAUUAUUUGUAACUUCUCAUCCUGAUGAUGAAUGCAUGUUUUUCGGGCCUACUAUUGUGACAUUGACCAACGAUACAGAUUGCAGUGUCUACCUUUUGUGCUUAUCUAGAGGAAAUUACUAUAAACGAGGUAAAAUAAGAAAAAAAGAAUUGUUUGAAAGUUGUAAAAUAUUGCAGAUACCAGAACAAAAUGUUCAAAUAGUUAAUUCUUCUCUAUUGCGAGAUGAUCCUAAUCUUAAUUGGAAUCAAGAAGUUAUAGCAGACAUUAUUCUUAACUUUUUAGAAACUUAUUCAAUAGAUACAGUGAUUACAUUUGAUAGGUAUGGAGUUAGUAAUCAUCCAAAUCAUUCUUCAAUUUUUUAUGCAAUGGCAUACCUUUGUUUAGAAAAAAAACUACCAAAAAAGUGCACUGCUUAUGCUUUAGAAUCUGUAUCCAAAAUUAGAAAAUAUUUGGGAUUUAUGGAUGUGACAUUUACUUAUCUCUUGUCUUCCAAAAAAUAUGUUGUGCCAAUGGAAAAAAGAAACAUAAUUAGGGAUGCAAUGCGAGCUCAUAAAAGUCAAUACUUGUGGUACAGAAGAAUUUACAUGUAUCUCUCAAGAUAUGUUUUUAUGAAUUCGUUCAAGGAAAUCGAUGUACUAGAAUUGGAGUUGGAUUUUGAAGUAGAUUAA